AACGUUGGUGUUGAGUGACGCCCGUCUGUUGCUUCUUGUGUUCAUCGGUGCGUCCUGCGAUUGGCGGAGGGCAGGGAAAGGUACCCAGCGCUGGCGCGCCGUGGGCGGGUGGAAGGCCUGUUUAUAAACCCAGAUCUCUCCUCGUGGGCGGGAACAGCAACAGUAGAGAGUGAAAGUGAAGCGAAGGAAGAGAGUGAGAGAGAGACGGUGGAGGAGACGAGGCUGUGGCGGCGGCUGAGGUUGACCGGGGUUCGCAGAGGGGGCGAGGCGGCCGCCCCUGUAUGCGUCUUCAACCGCGCAUGGACGACCACCUCAGCCUCCUGCAAUCACCCCCGCCGAGCUUAACCAAAACCCGGGCUGACAAUCUGGUGAACCACGGAUACACCGAGACAGAGGCCGACGUGAUGACGGUUGUAGCGUGUGACAAUAUGCUAGAAGAGUCGGCGGCUCUCCCGGGCCACCACUCUCUGGACCGUUAUGAACCAGACCACGAAUGCUGCGAGAGGGUCGUCAUUAACAUCUCAGGGUUACGCUUCGAAACGCAGCUCAAGACUCUGUCCCAGUUUCCAGAGACGCUACUGGGGGACCCUAAGAAAAGGAUGAGGUACUUUGAUCCUCUCAGGAACGAGUACUUUUUCGAUCGGAACCGACCCAGCUUUGAUGCCAUUCUGUACUACUACCAAUCUGGCGGGCGCAUCAGAAGACCCGUUAAUGUGCCCAUUGACAUUUUUUCUGAGGAGAUUCGGUUCUAUGAACUGGGUGAGGAGGCUAUGGAGAAGUUCAGGGAGGAUGAGGGCUUCAUUAAGGAGGAGGAGCGGCCGUUGCCAGAGAAUGAAUUUCAAAGACAGGUGUGGCUGCUUUUUGAGUACCCGGAGAGCUCGGGUCCUGCACGGGGCAUAGCGAUAGUGUCUGUACUGGUCAUUCUCAUCUCCAUUGUCAUCUUCUGCUUAGAGACAUUGCCGGAGUUCAGGGACGAUAACAGGGAUCCGAUCACUAUUGCGCCUGUGAUAAACGGCACACUCCCAUAUUUCAUCACCCCCUUCUCAGACCCGUUCUUUGUGGUGGAGACGCUGUGUAUCAUCUGGUUCUCUUUCGAGCUGCUGGUGCGCUUCUUUGCAUGCCCGAGUAAAGCCACGUUCUCCAAAAACAUCAUGAACAUUAUUGACAUUGUGGCCAUCAUACCCUAUUUCAUCACCCUGGGCACGGAGCUGGCUGAGAGGCAGGGAAACGGACAGCAGGCCAUGUCGUUAGCCAUUCUGCGCGUAAUUAGGCUCGUUCGGGUGUUUCGCAUCUUCAAACUCUCACGUCACUCAAAGGGGCUUCAGAUUUUAGGGCAGACAUUGAAGGCCAGUAUGCGUGAGCUGGGCCUGCUUAUCUUUUUCCUGUUCAUCGGUGUCAUUCUCUUCUCCAGCGCUGUUUACUUUGCUGAGGCAGACGACCCAGAUUCUAGUUUCAACAGCAUCCCGGACGCAUUCUGGUGGGCUGUUGUCACCAUGACCACCGUGGGCUAUGGGGACAUGCAUCCCGUGACAAUCGGGGGAAAGAUUGUGGGAUCUCUGUGCGCAAUCGCCGGUGUGCUUACCAUUGCCUUGCCUGUGCCCGUCAUCGUCUCCAAUUUCAACUAUUUCUACCACAGAGAGACGGAGGGCGAAGAGCAGGCACAGUACCUGCACGUGGGCAGCUGUCAGCCACUGGCAGACACAGAGGAGCUGAGGAAGACUCGCUCUUCGUCCUCACUCAGCAAGAGCGAGUAUAUGGUAAUAGAGGAGCACGGGAUCAACAGCGCGUUCAAACAGCAGCCCAACUUCCCCACCACCACGCAACACAACUCGCAGAAUUGUGUGAAUAUAAACAAAAAGAUUUUCACCGACGUGUAGCCAAUUUAAGAGUCAUGGCCCUGAACACAGGAGGAGGUGGUGUGUCAACACUCAGCUGGUUCUGUCGUUGCGCACCAGCGUGUGGAAGCAGCGGUAGAUCAGACGAAGAAAGAAAGGAAUCAAAGAGAGAGAAGAGGAAAGAGGGAACCCUGUCUGUUCAGAGACGCUGCUUUGUGCUCCAUUCAAAGAAUCAGGAUUUUUCAUUCCAGUGAUCUGAAUUCAUCAUUCUCUAUGAUUCCACUCGCGCUUGGAGAGAAAGAGCUCCUGGAAGAAUUAGGCCUACUAUUUUCUAAGUGAGGGAAUGGACCUGUUGUGCGUUGUGCAAUAGCCAGUAUAUUAUCACAACAGGUAGUGUCAGAAGCUUUAUUACUGUGAAAGAUAAGUACAAAAUGUAUGCUAUUCGAAGGACACUCACGUUGUAUGAACAUGCGUUAUGAGUCGUGAUUCGUCAGUCAUAGCCUAUGUAUAAUAUUCAGAAUCAUUUAAAUAUGUAUGUGUGUAUUUAAACACAUGUGAUGUCUGAAAAACACAGUUCUGCAUAUUAUUCAAUUAGACCGUUCUGUGCUAUGCCUUUAUUGUGCGUUAAAGUCUAGUCCAGAUGCUGCUGUCUUUAAAAAAAAUAAUCCCGUAUAAUUCCUUGAUAUGAUCUGUCCUGAUAGGCUACUUAAUGCGUAAACGGCAUCAUAUAAACACAGGGGCCAGCCGACUGUUAGCGUCUCAUUAUCGGUGCAAGACACACGUGAAAGAGGAAAACAGCCCGUCUUUCACGCACACACACAGCGAUCAAAGAUGGAGCGUGCUUCUCUUUGGAUGCCUCAAAUAUAGCCCGCUGUGAAGCAGUCUCCAUGGUGACGGUCGUUUCCUCGGUAACCCUGGUCACAGUUGCCAUGGCUUCCUUGUUUCCACAGUAACCUCCCAGAUGGCUUGGAAGCUGAGAUUCUCGUCUAAAGCGCUUGUCUUCAGUCUCUAAUAAGACUGUUUUGUACGUCCGUGAAAAAGACGAGUCCAAACAUGACCGGCGCCAAUCAACAAAACUCACCCAGUGACUUUAACACUGACACAAAAAACCAAUUGGAGCAAGAAGGUCUUGUUACAAAUUGCCACUACGAACUGAAAAUGAACGAGGCUCAACUCAGGAGAGGUGACGAGCACGAGAGGCGGAAGGAGAGGCAGCGCGUGAGGAGUUAUGAAUGUACUGGGAGCACAUUGUUUAGCUGUCUGGAGUGCUACUACUGCGGGCGCUCAGCAGAGGCUGCUGUUCUCCCACUGAUGAAACCGGUGAAAGGUGUUCAAUUUUUUUGCACAGACCUCCUGGAACCCCUGAUGAUCCCAAUUAGGCUGCAUCCUAUUUAGGAGCGCAGUGACUCUCGUCUUCCUGUUGGGCCUGAUGGGCCAAAGUUAAGAGUUGAGACAGAACUCCCACUGGAUCAAUUUUUCUUCCCCUACCCUCCUCUUCCUCCUCCUGACCCGUGUCUUCAAACAUGGUCUUCUAACAAGCGGUGCCUAGCAGGUCUUGCAGGCCUGCCCCUCCUCUGGAUCACCACAAAAUGCAACAAAAUGCAAUUGCAAGAAGAAAAAAAAUAAGUAAAUAAAUAAAAAAAAUCCACGUGCAGUCUUGUAGCUGCAGUUUUAUAACUGCUUCUGUUCUGGAGUUAAGAUCAAAAUUGAAUCAGGUCAUGACAGAAUUCAGCUGGAACUGUGUUUUGGACAUUUCUCCAUAUUGCUUUCUAUAUGAAUUUCAAAAGGACAGAUUCAGGAAACAUCCAGCAGUUUUGCAGAGCACAUCAUUCCUGGACCUUACAUGGAUUUCUACAUUCUGUAUUCAUAUUUCUGGGUAAUGAUAUUCAUUACGGACAUUAACUGACUAACAGCUUUUGCUUCAAGUCAAAAGUGGCAAAGGCUGAGGCCAGCCGUGAUUUGCUGAUAUGAAACUGUGAUACAAAUCAAAGACUGUUAGCCAUAUGCCUUUCUUAGCUCUGUGUGCUCUGUAUUGCUAAUAUGUGAAACAAACACACAAACAUACGUGUGCUGGUUGCAGCCAUUCCCUUGACACGGAGAGCAAUACAAAGGCAUUCACAAACACACCCACACAUGUAUGCACAUGCCUGUGAAUGGCUCUCUUGUUUCCCAGAAUGCACUGGUGUCCUUUUUUUGGGGGGGGGGGGGUCACAUUAUUGUCAGGGGAAGGCUGUGUAUUCCAGUAUUUGUUCUGUGUUAUUAUGUGUGUCUUAAACAUGACCCGUAUAAAGAGAU